GCUGCUCCUGCUCCUGGCGGCGGCGGCGGCUCGGGCGGCAGCCGCGGGGCCGGGACGGCGAGGAGCGCGGGCGGCGGGCAGGGGCGCGCGCUGGGCGCCGCGAGCAGCUUGGCUCCGCGCAGGCAGCCAGGCGGCGCUCCUGCCGGCCCCAGGCGCACCGCUAGCCCGGCCCAGCGCCCAGCCCGGCGGGCGGCGGCGGGCGGCGGGCGAGGCGGCGCAGGAGCAGGAGGAGGGAGAGCCGCGCCGCCGGGGAGGGAAGCCGGGGCGAGGCGAGGAGGUGGCGGGAGGAGGAGACAGCGGGGAAAGGUGUCAGAUAAAGGAAGGCUCUUCUCCGGUUUGGAGGCAUCAUGGCCGCUAAGUCAGACGGGAGGCUGAAAAUGAAGAAGAGCAGCGACGUGGCGUUCACUCCGCUGCAGAACUCGGACCACUCGGGCUCGGUGCAGGGAUUGGCUCCGGGCUUGCCGUCGGGGUCGGGAGCCGAGGACGAGGAGGCGGCUGGGGGCGGCUGCUGCCCGGACGGCGGCGGCUGCUCGCGCUGCUGCUGCUGCUGCUCCGGGAGCGGCGGCUCGGGCGGCGGCUCGGGGGGCUCGGGCGGCGGCGUUGGCGGCCCGGGCGGCGGCGGGGCGGGCUCGGCGGCGCUGUGCCUGCGCCUGGGCAGGGAGCAGCGGCGCUACUCGCUGUGGGACUGCCUCUGGAUCCUGGCCGCCGUGGCCGUGUACUUCGCGGACGUGGGCACGGACAUCUGGCUCGCCGUGGACUACUACUUGCGCGGCCAGCGCUGGUGGUUCGGGCUCACGCUCUUCUUCGUGGUGCUCGGCUCGCUCUCGGUGCAAGUGUUCAGCUUCCGCUGGUUUGUGCACGAUUUCAGCACCGAGGACAGCGCCGCGGCCGCCUCCAGCUGCCCGCAGCCUGGAGCCGAUUGCAAGACCAUGGUCAGCAGUGGGUCUGCGGCCGCGGAAGGCGAGGCUCGUCCUUCCACGCCGCAAAGGCAAGCAUCCAGCGCCAGCAAGAGCAACAUCGCCGCCACCAACAGCGGCAGCAACAGCAGCGGGGCCACCCGAGCCAGCGGCAAACACAGGUCUGCGUCCUGCUCCUUCUGCAUCUGGCUCCUGCAGUCACUCAUCCACAUCUUGCAGCUCGGGCAAAUCUGGAGAUAUUUCCACACAAUAUACUUAGGUAUUCGAAGUCGACAGAGUGGGGAGAAUGACAGAUGGAGGUUUUACUGGAAAAUGGUGUAUGAGUAUGCAGAUGUGAGUAUGCUGCAUUUGCUAGCCACCUUUCUGGAAAGUGCUCCACAGCUGGUCCUGCAGCUCUGCAUUAUCGUACAGACUCAUAGCUUACAGGCCCUCCAAGGUUUCACAGCAGCAGCCUCCCUCGUGUCUUUGGCUUGGGCCUUGGCCUCUUACCAGAAGGCCCUCCGGGACUCUCGAGAUGACAAGAAGCCCAUCAGCUACAUGGCUGUUGUCAUCCAGUUCUGCUGGCACUUCUUCACCAUCGCUGCCAGGGUCAUCACCUUCGCCCUCUUUGCCUCGGUUUUCCAGCUGUACUUUGGGAUCUUCAUCGUCCUUCACUGGUGCAUCAUGACCUUCUGGAUCGUCCACUGUGAGACGGAAUUCUGUAUCACCAAAUGGGAGGAGAUCGUCUUCGACAUGGUGGUGGGCAUCAUCUAUAUCUUCAGCUGGUUCAAUGUCAAGGAAGGCAGGACACGCUGCAGGCUCUUCAUCUACUAUUUUGUCAUUCUUCUGGAAAACACAGCCCUGAGUGCCCUCUGGUACCUCUACAAGGCUCCCCAGAUUGCAGAUGCGUUUGCCAUCCCAGCGCUGUGUGUGGUGUUCAGCAGUUUCUUGACUGGCGUUGUUUUUAUGCUGAUGUAUUAUGCCUUCUUUCACCCCAACGGACCCAGAUUCGGGCAGUCACCGAGCUGUGCUUGUGAGGACCCGGUCGCUCCCUUCACUCUGCCUCCAGAAGCGGCCACAAGCACCCUCCGGUCCAUCUCCAACAACCGCAGUGUCGUCAGUGACCGUGACCAGAAAUUUGCAGAGCGGGAUGGGUGCGUGCCCGUCUUUCAGGUGAGGCCCACUGCCCCAUCCACCCCAUCAUCCCGCCCACCACGGAUUGAAGAAUCUGUCAUUAAAAUUGACCUGUUCAGGAAUAGGUACCCAGCGUGGGAGAGACAUGUGUUGGACCGAAGCCUCCGAAAGGCCAUUUUAGCCUUUGAAUGUUCCCCGUCUCCUCCAAGGCUGCAGUACAAAGAGGAUGCCCUCAUUCAGGAGCGGCUGGAGUACGAAACCACUUUGUGAAACAAAAGGACUUGGAGGAGCCACAACCUCCAGAUGAAGGGGUGACAGCAGGGCUGUGGCAAUAAUGAAACUUCAUCCUAGAGUAGGGCAACGAGCUGUAACGUUUAGUCUGACCGUCGUCAUGAUUACUGUGUGACCCUCCAUCAGCUGACUGCCUGCGGCUGGUCUCCUUUCAAAAUAGCAGCCCCGAGAGUCUCCUGCUCCACCUGAAGGGAACGUGCCAGCUUAGCAGGACUCCUUGUUGCUACCGACCUCCUGCGCAGUCUUUCAGCGCAUCCACCAGAGGGUACUAUUAUAAUGGAAAAUGUUGCCUCCAAUCAAUAGGGUGUUUUGAUGGGAUUAACUGAUCUUUGCAUAGAAAUAUAUUCAGUCAUUCACACACACAUACACACACACACACACGUACACACACACAACGCCAGUCCUCUGUCAAAAUAGCUUAGGUGAUUUUUCUUGAUGCAAACCUCUGAUUCCCACAGGAAUAUAAAUAAAAACAAAGAGAGAAUAUAUCCCUCAAGACUCCAGAAAAACAAAUAGUACUGCUUAGAAAAAAAUUCAUAAACCAUUUUCUCAUUGGGAAACCAAUACCAUGCGUGAAAAGCCUAUCCAAUGGACAGCAAACUCAAGUGUGUUUACACGUGUAUUAGAAUUGAUGGAUUGGUUGUUUUUGACACAUUUCAGGAUUUGUUUUUUAUUUUAAAUUUUCAGUUGAGAACAUGACAGAAAUCCUAUGCAGCACGUGUGUGGCUUUUGACAAGACCAAGGAGCUCGAUAACUUAGUGAUGUAAACUAAAUGAUAAUCAUGAUUCAGUAUUCAACUGCAAAAAUUUAAUAAAUACACAAAGAGGAAGUGGGGGGAAAAGGCAAAAUGAGCAUCUGAUUUCCCGGCCUGUGCAGCUCACAUUGGAACGCAAGGGCAGAGCGGCGGGAGAGGAACCGGCUGUAACUGGAUGCUGCAGGUCGCCGAAUCCGCGGCUCUGCGAUCACAGGCGGGCGCGAUUCCAGAACCCGCCACGCCACACCUUUCUAGUGCCAAACACCGUCCAACCGCAGGACUGACACGCAAGCCCUGAACGACCGAGAACGAGCGGCGUGAGCCCCAAGAAAGCAAAAGCGAGCAUGAGCAGUCACGUUCUCCACUGUGUACAGACCCCCCCCUCCCCCGUCCCCCGCUCCAAGGUCAAAGUGGUGUGUCUUUUAGAGGCUUUGGGACACCUUUUAGUAAGUAUGAGCAGACAAAUGGUGAAUAUGCUAUGAGAAAAUCCUUCUGACUGACGGAAGGCUUGCCACUAGAUCCAGCUAAGAUUUGUAUUUGAAUCAUUUGUAAAGUCACACUCUUACAACAAGCUUCUGGGUUUUAAAUACCUCCGUACAGCAAGUAAACGUUCCCCGCUUUCUGUUCCCAGUGUCCUCGGUCAUGGUGCUUUUUUUGUUGCAUUAAAAGUGCCGGUCAAACUUUGAUAGUAUUUUUUUAUAGUUGGUGCAGAGUGGAAUAACUCAUGGAUUAUUUCAAUAUUUUUGUAAUAAAAAAUAUAGGGUAUACAUAUAGGCAUCAUCACUUUUUUUAUAGACCUGGAAUCGUUUAAAAUACUUUAAGCAUCAUAAUUACUUGGGAUGUCAGAAACUGGUCCACAAAUUCCAUCAGCCUGCCUCGGCAGAUUAAGAACAUUUGUCUCUUGCAAGAUCACCCUACUUUGCAAUGUUGGUGCCCCCAGGAACCUGGCCAGGGGUGCUAUCAGAAUAUCAGGUGACGAGAGAAUCAGCUUAACUAGAAAGGGCUUGUCAAGACUGGCCAAUGUUUCCCAGGAAAUCAAAGAUGUAAAUGAUUACUUUCAUCCGUCCAUUAUGACAAACCUGACCACAGUGGAAGAUGUCUUAAACUUCCUUCCCUGGUUUUAUAUUAACCCAACUGGUAUAUUAAAUAUUAGUCGUCACUAAAAAAAAAGAAAAUGAAAAAAGAAAAAAAAAAGAAAGAAAAAAGUCAGUUUAACUUAAUUAUUUAGUUAUUUGGAUUGUCCAAUUCUCCUAAAAUAGUCAGGUUCUAUAGCCACCACCUGUAACAGGUGUGCCACAGAGACUGCUGUCCCCAUGAUGACAUCACAGGAAGUGACAGAGGGUUCAACUUGGGACUUCUUUUGGUACAAAGCCCCAAAGCAAUGUUUAAAAAAUAGAUGAUUUUUAUCAGUAGACAUACUUUCCUAGUACUCCAUGAUUUGAUCCUCCAAGCAAGAUUUCCACUAAAAAAUAAUAAUCUUUUGUUCAGAUGUGAAAAGGUUACCUAGUCACCAGGAAAGGCCCAGGAAGACUCUCUCCUUAUCAGCAAUUGGUGAAAACAUUCCACCCCCUUUAUAGAAGGAAAAAAUGAUUAUAUUGGCAAAUUCUUCACUUUUGUGCAGAACCAUGAGUUCUUAGCUUCAUUAUUUCCAAGACAACUUUUAAUUCAUGAUCUUUGGAAAUUGAAUUGCUCAACUGAACUAUACCUUUGAUUCCAUGAAUAAAUAACAGAUUAUGGUAUAAUAAUGUCAAUCAUCACACCAAACAGGCCCCAUCACUCUUCAAUCAUGUAAGUCCUAAGUUAUUUCUCAACUCGAUCCCUCAUUUAACAUGUUAAGAGUCAAAAUGAGUGCUAUGUGAAUAAAAAAUAAUGUAUUGUGCUUUGUCUUAGAGGUGAAAACGCAGUCAGGAAGGUGUAAGAAGUUUGAAUUUUUCAAUGAUUUCCCAAAUACUGUAAAUACUCUGUUAUCCAAUAUACUUGAAGAUUAUGAUGUUUUAGUUCGUCAAAAAUUCUUCUUAAGAAAAUGACAUCUCUGCUAUGUUAUAAAUUACAAACUUUCUCAAGAUUACAAGAACAAAAAAAUUUACUUCCGAGGAAAAUCAUGACUUGUUCUUGCUUCCAGGAUUCAGAAAGCACUGCACUGCCAUCAGACUGUGUGGUGAAAAGAACUUUUAUUAGUUUCUAGAUACACAGAUAACAGAGAGUUUAAAGUAUUAGGAUUUAAAGAGACAUUGUCAAUGUACAAAGGAACAAAGUUUGAUUUUUGUAUUUAUAUUUGAGUUCUUCCUAAGAUUUCAUUUUCAAUCUGCCAUUGAACCCUCCAGAGAGAGUAAUUGGAGAAUCCAAAAGGAGCAAGCUGUGGUUAGCACACAGACCAGGAGUGCUGGAUUCUAUCUGUGGGCUCCGACUUCCCAGGCCUGAGUCUACUGGAUUCUUUACAGGGGAGUCUGGUCUUAGUCCUCACUUUUUUCGUAGGACCGUGAAAUUUUCUAAAAAUAUUAUAAAUCUUUUUCACUUCCAAAUUAGCAUUUCUAAAUGAAACCAUAUUUAAGAUUAAGGAAUACAUAUAUAUCUUAUAUUGAGACUUUAAGUAUUUGUGCGGAAGAAAAAAUAUUUUUUCCAUUAAGUCAAAGUUUGGUCCCCCAAAAUGACUAUGUCCUUUAAAUUCUUUUCUCACAUUUACAUUGUCCUACUUAACUAUGUUCUGUCCAGUUCAGUAGCAUUGACUUUGCAGACACUCGGUUACUAUUCAUUUAUGGUAAUGCUGUAAACCCAAAUGAAAUAAAUUCUCCUACUGACAUGGCUAGAAUAUGCAAUUCAAAUAUUAGCAAAAGAUAAAAUGCAAAGAUAAUGUGAAGAUAAAAGUAUAACGAAGUAUUUCUACUUAAUUUCUAAAUGCUUGAUUUAUUUUGCUCUAUGAAUAAAUGAAGUGAUAGCAUUGACCAAUUAAAAGUGAA